AUGCACUACAAUGCGAUUGACAAGCUGGAGCAGGAGUGCCUCCAGCUGCAAAGAUGGCAGGCCCAACGUGGGCGCAGGAAGGAAGUGACACCGUGUAACAACGAAGAGCAACCUCUCUGUAUAGAAGGUAUCGUGACACAAAGGUCCGUACUACUUUAUGAACUUUCCCAAGCGCUUACGCAAACGGUAGAACCGUUACUCAGUGACUGCGACCGGCUGCGCCACUCCUAUACUGGGCUGCAUCUCCCGAGAGACGCUGGUGUCCGUAUAAAAACCGGGGUGUGGCGAUUGCAGCUGG